UUAUCAAGACAAACUGUUCUCAUUGAGGGCAAAGUAAGCGCAGAAGCGUCGAAGACGAACGUACCCGUCGCAGUUACGCGCGUAGUACGUGUACGACGCAACGCUAUCUCACCUGUUUUUAGUAGGUAUAUAGUUGUUUUGUCCAGUUGUAAAAUUUAUCGUAAUACUUCAAAGACGACUUUCACCCCUACCCAAUUUCUUCAUCGCCUUAUCAGCGUGAUCGUGCGUAGUGCGCUCUUCGGUGUGCACUCGGUCGACGGUCGUUCGUUAUCUACUUGGUUGUUGUAUUCGUAUUUCGUUUGCUGAUUGCCGUUGCCACUUGCCACUCGUGAGCGACUGUCUGGUCCUCUACCCUCGUCAGUCGACAUUUCAGUGGCAUCGUACUCGUAACGUGCGACGCCGCCGGAAAACAAUAAUCGUGUCGUCGCAACAAUAAAUCCGUUUUCGGCGGCGGUGGUGAUCGAAGAAGAAUGAAACAAAAGUAAGCAGAAUAGCAGAAAACAAAAAAAAAAUCUUCUGUAAAAAAACUUGUCGACGGACGCACUUUUGAUACCGUUUCACGAAUUUGAUUGCGACGGAGUUCCGUUGUUGCUCCGUCAGCGCAUUUGUAUACAUGUCUAGCGCUAAACACGGCGUGAGGUGCGACCCAUAAACCCUCUACCAUACACGUACGCACUGUACAAAUCAUAGCACCGAACUGUUCUACUUGGUAUCUUUCACUUGACGGCAAGUAAACGAUGUUGACGCUGUUCAGCAACGCCUACAACUACACUGCUUCAAUUACGGUCGGCUACAUUGGGGUGGAUGUUGAUUUGUGGCUUUGGAUGACAUGGCUGCUUUGGCCACUCAUUGUGACGUUCCUGUUGCCACUCACCAUCGUACUAUUAUUUUACAUAACUGGUGUUAUACUCUACGUCUAUAGACUUCACAGGGAAAGACUUAUAAAUGCAUAUGAAAAUAAUUUUUGGGAUGGUGCAUUGAAAACUGUAGCUGCAUUAUGGGAUGCCCAUGGUUGGAUUUGGCAUGGAUAUGAAGUAAAUGGCCUUGAAAAUGUGCCUAUUGAUAGUCCCGCUUUGUUAGUAUAUUAUCAUGGCGCUAUUCCUAUAGAUCUAUAUUACAUGAUUUCUAGAAUAUAUUUGAUCAAGGCAAAAUUAGUUCAUACUGUAGCUGAUCAUUUUCUGUUUAAAUUACCAGGCUGGUCAAUAAUAUCUGAACCAUUAAAAGUUAUACCUGGUACAGUACAAACUUGUUCAGACAUACUAAAAGAAAACAAUCUUUUAGCAAUCUCGCCUGGUGGUGUUUAUGAAGCUCAAUUUGGUGACAGGUAUUACAGACUUAUGUGGAAAAAGCGAUUUGGUUUUGCUAAAGUAGCUAUAGAUGCUAAAGUACCUAUUAUACCAAUAUUCACACAAAAUAUUCGUGAAGCUUUUCGUUGUAUUGGUAUUGGUCGUCGAUUCUGGUUGCGCAUAUAUUUAUGGACCAGGUUGCCUAUAGUACCAAUAUAUGGAGGGUUUCCCGUCAAACUAAGAACUCAUAUUGGUAAACCAAUUCCAUAUGAUCCAGAUUUAUCAGCCGAAGACUUACAAAAAAAGGUGGCAAGUGCAAUUGAAGAAUUAAUAUGUCAACAUCAAAAAGUGCCUGGUAAUAUACUAAGGGCUCUCUGUGAACGUGUUUAUAACCCUUUAAGCUGUAGUAAGAAGAAAACAUGACAUUACGCUUUACUUACCAAUGAUGGGAAAGUUUAAACUAAUUAUCUCGGUAUUUAGACUGUGUUGUGGUACAUUGUAAUGUAUAAAAAAAAAAAUGUAACUGACUUCUUUAUAGCAUAAUUUAAUUGAUGAGAUCUUAAUUUAUUUUAAGUAUUUAUAAAUAAUAUAUUAUAUUAUAUAAA